AGCCCUUCCGGGUCGGCGCGGCGGAGGGGCGGGGACGCCACGGCGGCUGUUAUUGUUCGACUGGGCUUUGCCGGGCGCUGUCUAUCUCGCCUCCUCGGCUGUCGGUUUGUCCGGCUCCUCCUCAUCUCCAUACUCUCGGCUGCUGACGGCGACGGGCGGAAGUUGCGACGGGCGGACCUGGCGUUUGGAGGCCCUGCUGCGGCGGCAGGUUGAGGGGCGCGGAGGAGGAGGAGGAGGAGGAGGAGGAGGAGGUGGAGGAGGAGGAGGAGGAGCAGAAGCCGGAGGAGGAGCCGUGUGCCCUGGCACGGAGCGGCCGCGGCCAUGGCGUACGCGUAUCUCUUCAAGUACAUCAUCAUCGGCGACACAGGUGUUGGUAAAUCAUGUUUAUUGCUACAGUUUACAGAUAAGAGGUUUCAACCAGUGCAUGACCUUACUAUUGGUGUAGAGUUUGGUGCUCGAAUGAUAACUAUUGAUGGGAAACAAAUAAAACUUCAGAUAUGGGAUACGGCAGGGCAAGAGUCCUUUCGUUCCAUCACGAGGUCAUAUUACAGAGGUGCAGCGGGGGCUUUACUAGUAUAUGACAUUACAAGGAGAGAUACAUUCAACCACUUGACAACCUGGUUAGAAGAUGCCCGCCAGCAUUCCAAUUCCAACAUGGUCAUUAUGCUUAUUGGAAAUAAAAGUGAUUUAGAAUCUAGAAGAGAAGUAAAAAAAGAAGAAGGUGAAGCUUUUGCACGAGAACAUGGACUUAUCUUCAUGGAAACUUCUGCUAAGACUGCUUCCAAUGUAGAAGAGGCAUUUAUUAAUACAGCAAAAGAAAUUUAUGAAAAAAUUCAAGAAGGAGUCUUUGACAUUAAUAAUGAGGCAAACGGCAUUAAAAUCGGCCCUCAGCAUGCUGCUACCAACGCCACACUUGCAGGCAGUCAGGGAGGACAGCAGGCCGGGGGAGGCUGCUGUUGAAUCUGUUUUUACCGUCGCACUGCCCACAUGGGGCUACUCACUGCUCCUUUCACCCUCUCCCACUCAGCUGCGACAUGGAACUAUUUGAAAUGGCUUUAUGUCACAGAAGACUUUACUCUUUCAAAUUCUUGUAUAACUUUGAAUAAAUGGUUAAUGUUCACUUAAAAAGACAGAUUUUGGAGAUUGUAUUCAUAACUAUUUGCAUUUGAUUUCUAGGUCAAUUGAUGUGAUUAUUUUUGUUAAAUGUUGUCUUGUGCCCUUACCUACGAACUGAAUUGUAUUAAACACUACAAAGUCAUCUUGAGUAUUUUAAAUCAGUUUGUGUAGUUAGGUUUCCCAACACCUGUGGUUACCUAAUGUUUAAUAUUAAUAGAACUGUCCUCAAAAAGUUUGUCAACUUUCAAGGCUAUAAGGAAAAACCAGAAGGAUUCUUUUAAUUCUAUAUUUAUCAGUUACUUUCUGUAUAUAUAGUUUAAUAACCUGCUUGGGUGUAAUUUGCCAAGCUUGAAUUCAUUAAUGCAUUUGCAUAAAUUCUAAACUGUUUAGAGCUUAAAGCAUUGUUAGGAAUUGCUUGGACACUGAAUUUUAAACUUUUUGACAUUGUUAGCAAGCAUGUUCAUCUUCUCUUGUCACUAGUCCAAGAAAAAUAUGCUUAAUGUACAUUAUAAAGGCUAUGUAUGUGUUAACCUGUUUUAAUGCCAAAAGUUUGCUGUUUGUCCCACAAUUUCUUUAAGACCUCCUCAGAAAAGGAUUUGUUUGCCUUAAUGAAUGCUGUUGGGUAAAAACACAGUAUAAUGAGUGAAAUGGGCAGAAGCAAGAACUUCAUACACCUAAGCGACUCCAAGAAGAAUGAAUGUCCACAUUUAGGUGGCCAUUAUGAGGACUUCAAUUUUUCCUUAAACACAAUAACUUUUCUUUUAUUCACAUGAUUUCUAAAUAUAUUUUCCAUGCAGGACAGUUUUUCAACCUUGAUGUACAGUGACUGUGUAAAAUUUUUCUUUCAGUGGUAACCUAUAAUCUUUUAAAUAUGGUAAUUCUUGUCUGUUUUGAAGGGGAUAUGACAAUAAAUCUACCAGAUGGAAGAUCCUGUUAAAAAGUAGAAAAGCUUUAGUAGCUUACUCAGUGUGAUGGUUUUAUCCUUUUUUCCCCCCCUUUUCUUCCCUAGUCUAUAAUGAAAUUGUUAUAGCAGUGCAAAAUAAAAUCCUAUGUAUAAAA